AUGGAGGGCUCCAAGAAUCCGGAAACCGCGUCCCCUACAAGUCACGUGAAGUCUGAGCGGGGGAAGUCCUUUGGGGAGUCCAUAGAUACCAGCUUUUCAGGCAGUAAUGAUGGCAACCCUGAAGAGCUCCUAUUGGAGGAGACAUCGUUGCCGCAGACUGAGGAGAUGGAAGCGGAGAAGACGGAGUCGAAAUCCGAGUCGGAAUCGGAUUUCGGAUUGGAGGAGGGAGAGAAGGAGGGAGAGAAGGAGGGAGAGAAGGAGAGACCAUCCAUGGAGGAUAAGCUAGAGGCGGAGACUCCCCAACCGAAGGACCGCCCUGGCUUGCAGAUUGGAAAGUUGCUCCCCCCAAAGGUGCAAAGUUGGAAGGCUCUCAAAUCCAUCAUUAAGGUGUCAGUGACACCGAAGACACAUAGCUGGGCAGACAUUAGAAAAGAAAGAGGACUGUACCAGCUCACUGUGGCCAUCAUCUUGAUGAGUCGGGUGUGUAAGAUGUUCCGUCAAGGCCUCAGGGGAUUCCGGGAAUAUCAGAUCAUUGAGCCUGCUCAAAAGAAGCAUCCUACCUUCUCCUUCUGGGAUGUAAGUCGCCCAGCUAAGAAAGGGUGCUGGGAUUUAACCGGUACAGCACAUCUCCCAGCCCUCACUCAAAGCCAACUGUGGGGAAAAAACCAAGGGAAAGCAGGUGUUCGAAAUCUACGUGUUUUGUUCAUCCCCGCCUCACAUUGGAAAAAGAAGCAAGGCCGCAUCUCGUUUGACACCCAGGACUUUGCCGCAGAGGAGGGUCACUUCCCUCCGAGGGCCAUUUCUAUCACACAGAAGAAGCCAUCCUGGAGGACAGACGAGGAAAUCCAAGACCUCUGCAAUAUCCUUCAGGUUCUAGAUUGCUACCGCAACUACACAGAGUAUCUGCAGCUGCUCCUGGCCAAGGUCAUGCGCUUCGAAAGGUUUGGUCGCCGGCGUGUAAUCGUCAAGAAGGGGCAGAGGGGCAAUAGCUUUUAUUUCAUCUACCUGGGCACGGUGGCCGUGACCGAGGACGAAGAUGGGAGCAGUGCUUUUCUGGACCCUCACCCAACACUGCUGCACAAGGGUGGCUUCUUCGGGGAAAUGGGCCUUCUGAGCACGGCAGUAAGAAGGGCCACGGUGGUCUGCAUGGAGGAGACAGAGUUCCUGGUGGUCGACAGAGAGGAUUUCCUUGCAAACAAGCUAGGUGACGAGGUUCAGAAGGAAACUCAGUAUCGAUACGACUUUUUUAGGAAGCUGGAUAUGUUCCAGUCUUGGUCUGAUGAGAAGCUCUGGCAGCUCGUGGCCUUGGGGAGGAUAGAGAAGUUCCCACAUGGAGAGCUGGUGUCUAAAGACAUUGGGAAUUCAGCAUUUAUCACAUUUAUCUGCAAGGGCAACUGUGAAAUCCUGCGAAUGGUAGACCUGGGGACCUGCCGUACCUAUUACAGGUGGGUCUGGCAGCAACUGGAGCUGUUGGACCACAAGCCUCUGAGAGUUCAUAACAAUGAAAUGUCUCCAAAGGAGAGAUUUAAGGAAUUCCAGAUCAAAUCAUAUCCUCUACAAGACUUCACUUACUUAAAACUUCUGCGUCUCCAGGAAGCCAGAGAGCAACCCGCAAUGACCUUCCACAGGAAGAUCAACAAAGCAGAAAACAGCCUCCCCAAGUUGCUGGGCCCGAAAGUCAAAUCCAGGUAUGGUCAUUCAGUCAAAUGUUCCAUGGUCCACACCAAGUAUGGUGAACUCCCCAAGGAGGCCAUAGUGGGGGUCUACAUGAAGGUUCACUUGACAGAGGAAGGAGAUGUGGUGGGCAAUCACCAGGCCUUUCUCCCAGAAAUCCAUCGUGAUCCUCGGUCCUUCAUCCUUCUGAGCUUGGGAACAGAGUUGAUUCGAGUAAGAAAAGAGAAAUUUUAUGACUUGGUCGAUGCGGAGACAAAGGCAAAGAUAAUGAAGAUGGACGUGGACUAUCCCAGCGAUGAAGAACUGUGUCAGAGUUUCCUGAGUGAAAAUGACUGGAGUAUCUUUCGGAGGGAUCUGCUGCGGUUGCUGGUGGAGCCCCUCAAAAAGAAGCCAUUCAUCCCGAUCCAGACCAAGAAGAAAGAGAUCUACAACCCUAAGUCUUUGUUACUGGAUCUGUGUAGCCUUGACAAGAAGGUGAGACAGCGCUAUCCUGUUUUUAUGGCGCCCCGGAAAUACCUGCCUCCCUUGAAGAUUGUCCAAACCAUCUCAGCACCCCGGCACAAAGUCCAAGAACUCUUACCUCAGUAUAAAAACGCAGGGGUCCUUAUUUAGAGGGAAUAAAGCACAUUUGGAUUGGCAUCUUCGUUCUCUGCAUGACCCCUGUGGGAGUCACAGGUAUAGGAUGGGGAAGGCUGGAGGACCCAGUUCAGAAACAGAGAGGCAUGGUCUCCCUUGACACUUGAGGACAGGAAUGAGGACACAGACAGCCAGGAGGCUGGGGUGUGUCUAUUACCAGGGAACUAGUAUCACCGUUCCCCAUCUAGAAGGAGUUCCAUCACCCCAAUCGGUGGAUGCUGUGCCAGCAACCAAGGCAAGCCAACUGUUGCCAGUCCACACACAUUUAAGGAAAUUUGCCAGUCCACACACGUUUAAGGAAAUCAAGAAACCUAAUAUUUUAGAGUAUUCCUACUGGUUUUUUUUUUAAACAUUUAUUUAUUUAUUACAUAUACAUCUUUCUGCCUGCAUGUAUGCACCAGAAGAGGGCACCAGACCUGAUUAUAGAUGGUUGUGAGCCACCAUGUGGUUGCUGGGAUUUGAACUCAGGACCUCUGGAAGAACAGACAGUGCUCUUAACCGCUGAGCCAUCUCUCCAGCCCCCUACUGGGGUUUUUUUUUAAAGCAUGAGAAACUAAUUUAAAAUAAUUUAAAGAAAACACAUAUGGAAUAUGUUGGGCCUACCAGCUGUGGAUGAGUCCUCUCUGGUUGAAUGGCAAGGGUGGCAUCCUAUGAUGGCCCAGGCUCACCAGUGACAAGCAGGCAGUAGAGACAGAGUUCAGGAAGACUCCACGGUCCUCUCCUACUCCUUAUUUUGGGCCAUCUGUUCCCAUACAGCCCCAACACCACAGACUAAUCACCAUGCCGCCUCUCCACAUGAGCACACCAAGGCCUGAAAGAGAACACAGGAGUCUCUCACACCCCAUGGCUAUGGCCACUCAUACUCCUCAACCUAGCAAGGAAAAACCUGGACCCUGGCCUUUAAGUCAGGAGCCCUGGGGAGCCUGGCUUUGUCCCUCCCUAGGGCCCCUUGAGUAACAUGAGUCAGUCUAGUGCCUGUAUGUCUGUCUUCCCCAGUAGUGAACCGUGAGGUUGACAGGCUCAAUGGACUGCAUAAAGUAGGAAUUGACUAUAGUUUUACGAGAUAUGUUCAACAGUGGAAGCGCUUGCCUUACAAACCACUUCCUUGGGCACUCAAUUGGAGGAACAGAAUUUUUUUUUCUCAGAAGAGUAUAGAUGUUAUAGAGAAAUGGUUCUGUGAUGGAAUCCUGGUUCACAUCCAGACAGAGCACACCAGGCCAGUGCAGUUCCACAUGAGAGAAGUUUAUUGUGAGGGGAGGGGACAAAAGGGAGCGAGGGAGACGAAGGGGGAAAGGAGAGAGAAGGAGGAGGGCGGAGGUCAGGAAGGCUCUGUCUUUUAUUUAGGCUGUGACCUAAUCACUCGCAGGUAAAGGUGGGAGGUGAACCAAAUGGACGCUGGGAAUGUAUGGCAAUUGCCAUGGCAACAGGUGGGGGGGCUGUCGCCUAUGGGUGACCUUACCAUCAUCACUGGGUCAGAGGCAAUCUGCAAUCAAUCAUGAAGCCAGUUGGACAAAUGGACAUAAGGGUUUUAACUUCUCCAGUGACUUUAGAGUCACGAAAUCAGGGACACCUAACCAGGGUGAGGUGACAUAUACUGUAAUCCUUGCACUGGGGAGAGAGGUAGGAGGGACAGGGGUGUCCUUGUUAGUUUUGUCGUCAACUUGACACACCUGGGAACAGGGACCUUCAACUGAAGAACUGCCUUGAUUGGCCUUCAGGCAUAUCUGUGGGACAUUUUCUUGAUUGUUAUGAGGGUUCAGCCCAGGGUGUGUGUUGCCAUCCCUGGGCCUGUGGGCUUGGGCUGUAUAAGAAAGGUGUUUGACCAUGGUGACCCUGGAGGCAGCAUUUCUCCAUCAUCCCUGCUUCAGUUUCUGCCCCUGGGUCUUGCCUUUGGUGUCCCUGGAUGAUGCGCUGUGACCUCAAAGCCAAGUAAGCUCUUUAUUUCCUCAAGCCGUUUGUAGUCAUGCUGCCAAGAAACUAGGACAAGGAGUUCAAGGUCACCCACUACACAGUGACUUGGAGGACAGCCUGGGCUAGGUGAGACCCUGUCAACACAAAGCGUCAGCAGUCCCAAGGAGCAGACUAUGACCCACAAAGACGAGGUACCACUGUCCGGAGCCUAGAUAAGUGGGAUGCCUUAUUAGGGAUCUCGUUGGGUUGUGGUUGAUGGCUCAGAAAUGGUGGCGUAGAUGUCUUCAUUCAUGGGCUAUGAGCUUUUGAGGCAGUUGCUCUGAGGCAGCUAAGAGGAGGAUAAGAAAGUGUGUGUCGUUCUCUAGACCAGGGCUCUGUAGCCAGCGUACAGAGCCAGAGGGUACGUUAGGCUUCGUAGACCCUACAGUCCAUCUUAGAGUCAGCUUCACCUCCGGGAAGAAACAGUAGAAAAUAAGUAAACAAGAGAUCAUGGCUGGUGAAGACAAAGCAGGAGGGAGUUUGGACCCGACCCACAGGCCAUAGUUUGCUGCUCUCCACAAAGGUAGCUGGUGGCCUUGAAGGUUCUUGAACAGAUGUAAUUUGGCCAGAGAAGAGAAGAAUGGCUCCUAGGAAUCGUGCACCCACAGGACAGCCAUCUUGCUAAGUAUCUGACUGUGGGAUCCUGUGAUCCGCUGGCUCCUGCCAGCUCUUUCCCUUUGGGCUGUUGUGGUGACACAUGCACAAGAAGGUAAUGCCAUCAGGACAUUUGUGUCCUACUUCUUGGGAAGUGAGAGAAAAGCUUCCAGAAUGUUCUCCCAACAUGUUCUCUGUGGCAACGAUGGGUAAGAAAUGGACUUAAAACUGUGUAUGGUAGCACACAGCUAAUCACCAAACUCUGGAGGCCUCACUGGACAAUAUAGAGACCCUGGCUCAAAAGUCAAAAUGACGAAGGAGAACCGAGGGCAAGGGCAGGAAAGGGGGUUAAAGAGAGGAGAGAGAAGCUAGAAGAGGAAGGGCAUCCUGGGUAAGAGUCCUGAGUGAGGACAUGUCAUAGGGUGUUCAGGACUCACAGAGAGCAGAAUACAGUUCUCUGAGUCCCCAGGGCAGUGACAGGGACUUGGAGGGACGAAAUCCGCAGAGGUGGAUGUCCUCUCCACAGACAGCAGGGAACUCCUGAGUGGCUGCUUCCAUGAAGUCAGUGACCACGCAUGCUUGGUUGGGUAAUGUGAGCCAUCUUCUCUACCCCACCACCCUAAGGUCAAACACAGGGCAAGUGCUUGGUACACAGCAGAGGUGGUCAGUACCAUUUAAUCAGGAGCCCUAACACCAGGGAUGGCUUCCCUCACCAAAGGGGACCAGACAUCAGAGCUGAGCCUGACAGUCAGCAGCAUUAAAAGCCAUCAGCAACUGAUCUGCAGUGCAGGGGGCCAAGCCAGCAUCUCAGCCCACCCCACCAUCUUCUCUAAUGACCCUGCCGAUGUCCACAUUAAGAGGUCAGAGGUAUCACUUGCCUGUUGGCAGACAAUGGGAAAGGGUGCUGCUUAAAACAUCAGUGGGGGGGUUGGGGAUUUAGCUCAGUGGUAGAGCGCUUGCCUAGCAAGCGCAAGGCCCUGGGUUCGGUCCUCAGCUCCGACAAAAAAAAAAAAAAAAAAAAAAAAAUCAGUGGGGAAGGUGGGUGGGGACAGUCAGAGUAGGACAACUUCUAAGCUUCUGAGCUGUGGGCUAUAGAAAGGGCCGGCUCCCAAACCUCUGCCUCUCUAUACCCUGCCCCUGCCUGAAGCAGUCUGCAGUGUACAUACGAGGCCAGUGCCACGCAAGGAGGAUGAAUCAGACUUAUUCAGGAGAGAUUGUUCAGAAGGUAGAUACGAUAUGAUGCCCCCUGGCACAAGUGUUAGCAAGAGAUGAUGGUUUCACACUGCAGAGGUCUGACUGCAGACACAAGAACAGGACUGAAGUUCCAGGAAAACCAAGUUCCUAUUCCUGAGAAAAGGAAAGGCGCUGGGCCCGGUGGAAUAUCACUGUACUUGGGGAGGCUUGAGGAGGCUGAAGCAAGAGGCUCACAAGUCUGAGGCUACCCUGGGCUACACAAUGAGACCCUGUCUCAAAAAUAAACAAAAGACAAACAGCAAGAGAAGGUUCCGGGCUUAGGCAUGAGUGUGUGUGAUACCGUGUAGAGGUGUUCUGGUCUGGUUCCCACUAUAAUGAAGCAUUGCAGGUUGAUUUAGAACAAAAAGUAAUUUAUUUUGUUCAUGGUUUUCAAAGCUGAAAGUCAAAGUAGCCAUGUUGAGGUCCACCCUGGCUGCUCACGUGACAGCUAACAUUACGACGGCAGGAGUCCAAGAGGGAGGUCAUGCAGUGAGAUAGGACAGACCAGGCUUGGCCCAGCCAUUUAUGUUCUUGAAAGAACAGCUGGGGUUCAUGAAAGCUACCUUAGUGCUGGGGUGGUAAUGCACACCUUUAGCCCAGCCCUGGGGAGGCAGAGGCAGGUGGAUCUUUGUGAGUUCCAGGCCAGCCAGGGCUACAUUGUGAGACCGAGCUACCUUUAUCUCUUGAGGGUAGCAUCUGCCCAAAUAAUCCAGGGGCCUCCCACGUGACCCUACCUCUUGAUUAUUUUAAGACAGGACAGCCUGGGCUGAAAACUCACUGCGAGCCAGGAUAUGCCCUCCAAUUCCACUCUUCUUGCCUUGACCUGAGUUACUGGGGCUACAGGCCUGAGCCGACAUGUUUAGUUGUAUGCGAUGCUAGUGAGCUAGCCUGGGGCUGCAGGCUAGGCAAGCACCCCACUACUGAGCUAUAACCCCAUUCCAUAAGUCCCACUUGACUCUUCACAUUGCCGCAGUAGGACAGAGCUUCCAACACACGAACCCACAGGGACAGACUCAGACUAAACCAUAGCAAAAGGCUGACACCUUGAAAGUAUCUUGUUAACCUGGAGGCAUUAUUCAGUUUUUUAGAGGGAGAGCCUGAGACCCAGGAAGGCAAAAGCUUGCCUGUUGGGUGGCUGAGCCAGGCAGCCUGUGCGCCUUUCCCCAUGCUGCCCACUCCUGGUUAGUCAGCUUUUGAGUGUGUGUGCACUGCUAUGCUACUGUUACUCAUCUCUCCCCAGCGAGCCACCUGUUUUCUAGAGAGAGAUUCUGUGUACCCAGCCUCGAGACUGCACGAGACAGAAAGCGCCCACCCUCCGCCAUGAUCUCCCAUAUGUAAGUAGGCACACCCAGCCAAAAAUAGAGGCCCCUGGCAGUCAAAGCUUCCACUGUUUGGGGUAAAUGGGAAAACCCAUUUGAGAAACAAACAGACCAAGUGUUGCCAGUGUUUAUUAUAGGGAGUGUUUUAAGAGCCCAUCUUGGGGCUGGAAGCAAACGUAUUGGGUAAGUCUCUAGUCCUUGUUGCAAGGGGGGAGGGGUAACCUUACCUUCCAGCCCUGGGAACCCUGAUGGGUGAGGUGGGAAGCUUUGGGACAGCACAGGUCACUUUGCGAUGGUGCCUUGCUGCUGUUAGGGAUGUCACAUCUUUAACAAGGGACUUAGUUGCAGGCCUGUCACUGGUGCUGUGGGAUGACCACAGUUUCUAGUGGCCGAGGAGUGGGACCAAAGCUGGAAGAGAGGUAUUCGUGGGUGCUUCAGGGCUGUGUGACCUUUGGGAACCAAUAUGGGAGAACGAGAGAGAGCUGGGGCAGCAAGAGGAGACAGCACUAUGGGACUUUUCCUUUCCUAGGACUUAAUACUCUCCUCUGUCAUGUGUGGCCGCCACUUUGCAUUCUGUUGCUAGGCUAAAACCCUCUGAUCAAAACCAAGUUGGAAAGGGUUCAUUUUAGCUUCCUGGCCCAUGUCAAGGGAAGCCAGGGCCAGGGCUAGAGGUCAGAAGUAAAGCAGGGGCUGGGGGGAGGAGGGGCACUGCUCACUGGAAUGCUCAGCUUGCUUUGUAUAUAACUCAGAGCAGGAGUGAAACCGCCCCCCAGUGGGCGGGGCCUCCCACCUCAAUCAAGAACAUCCCCACAGAUAUGGCCACAGGUCAAUCUGAGGGACGCAAUUCUUCAGCUGAAGGAUUCCCUUCCCAGGUGACUCUAGUUUGUGUCAAGUCGACAGCUGAAGCUAACUAUGACGUUUUCAUGCCCCCACUUAUGUUCUUACCUACCCCACCCCCCAACACAUAAAUCAAGAUGAAAAGUAGCCUGAGAGUGAAGCCGCCUGAGGGUUAGAGACAACUGUUUCCUGAUUUAAUAGCUGCCUCGUGUUAUGUAAACCAAUCUCCUUUUCUUGGGGAUUAAUGAAUUCUUUGAUCUAUUUUGAAAUUACUUAGAAAAAAAUCUUAUUUUGAAAAUUACAGUAACAGUUGGAUGACUGAAAAGAUAGCUCAGUGGUUAACAUGGUUGCAUGAGGAUCAGAGUCCCUAGAACUGGCCACACUAAGAGGCCAUGGCUGCCUCCCUUCAUGGCAGCCUGGGAAGGCAGAGACCCGACCCGGAAUCCCCAUAUGGAGGAGCUCUGGGUUUGAUUGAGAGAGCCUGAGAGAUGAAGAUGGAGCUGAAUUCCACAUCAGCCUUGGGCCUCUACAUGCACUGCACAGCCUGAACAUGUCCUGCAGAUACACAUGCACACAGACACGUGCCCGCAGCCUUGGGCCUCUACAUGCACUGCACAGCCUGAACAUGUCCUGCAGAUACACAUGCACACAGACACGUGCCCGCAGCCUUGGGCCUCUACAUGCACUGCACAGCCUGAACAUGUCCUGCAGAUACACAUGCACACAGACACGUGCCCGCAGCCUUGGGCCUCUACAUGCACUGCACAGCCUGAACAUGUCCUGCAGAUACACAUGCACACAGACACGUGCCCGCAGCACGUCUCGCACACAUACUUGUGUACAUAUAUAUACAUACAACACACAGAGAAAAAUGGACAAAGGAAGAAUAGCAGUUGGCGAAUCUGGGUGAAAGGUGUUCAGGAGUCCUUUGACCCACGCUUGCAGCUCAAAAGUUAUUUCAAGUUAUAAAUGGAAACCACAUAAAAGUUACCGUCUUAACCAUAUAUGUUAGCUAUAUAUAUUUAAAACAAGCUCUGGUUGGCCUCUGACUCAAGAUCCUCCUGCCUCAGCCUCCCUUGUACUAGGAUUACAGGCACCGGUCGCCACACCCAGUGUCAUCUUACCUAUUUUAAGUGUACACCAGCAUGAAGUACAUUCAAUCCCUUCAAAAACAAAACAAAAGCAAAAACAAUAAAAAAAAAAAUGAAAACAAAACAAACCCAGCCAAACAGCAAAACACUACCGUGGUUAAUUCACACCAUUAUGUAACUGUCCAGUCCCCUGGACUGGAGUGUUCAGCACAGUGCCCAUAGCUAACAUAAGGUCUGGACUCCAGUGUGGAUGAUUAAGCCUCUGAAAAAUGUCCCAUCUGGUGAGGGAUGCUGAUAAGCUGUGGUGGUUUGAAUGAAAAUGGCCCGCAUAGGCUAAUAGGGUGUGGCACUAUUGGUAAGUACAGCCUUGUUGGAGGAAGUGUGUCACUGGGAGUAGGCUUUGGGGUUUCAGAAGCCCAAGCCAGGCCCAUUGGCACUCCCUCUUCCUGCGGCCUGUGGAUCUGUAGAACUCUCAAGCUCCUCCUUCAGUACAAAGUCUGCCUGCAUGCUAUACACCAGUAACGGACUAAACCUCUGAACUGCAAGCCAGCCCCAGUUAAAUGUUUUCCUUUGUAAGAGUUGCCAUGGUUGGGCUGGAGAGAUGGCUCAGUGGUUAAGAGCACUGACUGCUCUUCCAGAGGUCCUGAGUUCAAAUCCCAGCAACCACAUAGAUGGUUCACAACCAUCUGUAAUGGAAGCUGAUGCUCUUCUGGUGUGUCUGAAUGAAGACAGCAGCAGUGUACACGUAUACAUAAAUAAAUCUUAAAAAAAAAAAAAGAGGAGUUGCCACGGUCAUGGUGUCUCUCCAUAGCAAUAAAACCCUAACUAAGAAGUUGGUACUAGGAGUGGGGUAGUGCUAUGAUAGACUUGACUGUGCUCUUGUUUGGAGGAAUGUGAACUUGGGCACUUUGGACUAGAAAAGUAAUCAAAUGCUUCAAGCAGGUCUUAAUGGGCCAUCCUAGAAGGGACAUAGAAGACAGUGGUGCUGAGGGUGACUUGAACCAUGUAGGCCUGGCUCAAGAGGUUUCAGAGAAUAAUUUCAGUAUGUGGCCUAGACUAUUCUUGUGAUAUUUUGGCAAAGAAUGUGUCUGCAUUCUGCCCUUGUCCAAAAAAAAUUUUUUUUUGCCUGAAAUUCAAUCGAAGAGUUAUUAACAGCUUUGGUAGAGAUUCUCAAUACAGCCUGGGGUUGACUGUGUCAUGUGGUUAUUAGUAGCAGAUCUAUAAUGAAAAGGAGCAAUCUGAGCAAGGAAAAAUAACAAAAUGUACAGUUUGUAGAUAAAGUGGGCACCAGGAUCUGUAGAUGGAUUAAAGAAAAGCCCGAUGCUAAGUGGAAUGCAGGGAGCGGUGAUCUCAGAGCGAGAUCCCACCCAACUUACGAAAAGGAAUUAAAGAGAAGCUUAGGGCUGAGGUUUGGAUCUUUAAUCUCAGCACUCCAGAGGCAGAGGUAGGCAGUUUGAGGCCAGUCUGGUCUACAGAGGGAACAGCCAACCAUGCACAGUGAAGGAAACCAUCUAAACCAAAAAGCAAGAGAAGAUGUGUGUAUAUAAUAGGACAAGAGGGCCACGUCAGGUCCCAGCAAGCAGCAGAACGUGGCAGCCUUGCCCCUGUGGUUCUGGCCUUAGAGUCAAGGACAGAAGGAAGGGGUUAUGGAAUCUCCCUCCAUGACCGAGGGAAGCCAUCGAGGUCAGGAGUGUGUCAGGGGUGUGCAUGCGAUGGAGGCCUAGUGAGGACAUUGUGUAAGGCUUCAAGGUGAAGCCACGGUGUGGGAGAUGCCAGAGUCGUGGGACACCCGCUGAGGAAGCUGCUAACAGGGAGUAAAACCUGCCCAAGAGAGAGAAGUGUGCUGCAGUCAACCAAGCUGCGAUCUGGAGCGCUUUGACAUCAGACAUGCAGAGGUGCAGAGUUUGGAGUUUCCCUGCUGGGUUUUGGUCUUGCUUUGGUCUAGUGUCCUCCAUUUUGAAACUGUAAUGUAUAUCCUGUGCCAUUGUAUGUUGGAAGUGUGCUUUUUGAUUUUGAUUUUAUAGGGUUUACAGUCAAGAGAUUGUGAGUCUCGGAAGAAAUGUCGGAUUUUUAAAUGGUGUUGAGACUGAUAGACGAUGGGGGAUUUUGGAGUUAGACAAGGCUUUUUGCACUAUGGUAUGGCUAUGGGCCUCACAGGGCUAGGGACGAGAAUCUGGUGGUUUGAAUGAAAUGGCCCUGCAGGCUCAUAGGGAGUGGUGCUAUUGGGAGGCGUGGCCUUGUUGGCGGUGUGUCACAGGGGUUAGGCUUUGGUGUUUCAGAAGCCCAGACUACUCUCAGUGGUUUGCUUUCCUCCUUGCUGCCUGCAGAGCUGGUUAGAGAACUCUCAGCUUCUCUCCAGCACCUGUGCCUACCCGCAUACCAAUGCUUCCCACCAUGACCAUAAUAGACGAAGUUUUUCUUUUUUUUUUUUUUUUUUUUUCUUUUUUUCGGAGCUGGGGACCGAACCCAGGGCCUUGCGCUUGCUAGGCAAGUGCUCUACCGCUGAGCUAAAUCCCCAACCCCAGACGAAGUUUUUCAAACAGUAAGCCAGCCCCAGUUGAAUGUUUUCCUUUGCAAGAGUUGCCUUGGCCACAGUAUGUUGUUCAACAACAAUAAAAUCCUAACCCAAAGAUAUGGGGGAAGCAAGACAUGGGCAAGGACCGGGAGUGUCUGCAAAUCUCUGUACCUUCUGCUCAGUUUUGCUGUGAACUAAAACUUUUUUUUUUUUUAAAAGGAAUUCGGUAACUGUGGCCUUUAACAUCCAAAUAAAUAGGUCCUGUAAUUAUAAUAUAGAAAUGUCUAUACACAAAGAGAGAUUAAUUUUGGCAAGAAUUGUUCUGAGGCCUAGAAAGAUGGCUCAGGGGCUGCAGAGAUGGCUCAGUGGUUAAGAGCACUGACUGCUCUUCCAGAGGUCCUGAGUUCAAAUCCCAGCAACCACACGGUGACUCACAGCCAUCUGUAAUGGGAUCUGAUGGCCUCUUCUGGUGUGUCUGAAGACAGCUGCAGUGUACUCACAUAAAUAAAAAAUACAUCUUUAAAAAAAAAGAAAAAAGAAAAGAAAGAGAUAGAUAGAUAGAUAGAUAGAUAGAUAGAUAGAUAGAUAGAUAGAUAGAUGGCUCAGGGGUUAAGAACACUUGAUUAUUCUCUAGAGGGCCAGGUUUGGUCCUCACACCUACGUCAAGCGGCUCAUACAUUUACAACUCGAGCUCCAGGGACUCUGAUGCCGUCUUCUGGCUCCUACAGGCACCUGCACACAUGUGGUGCACAUAGACCACUUACCUGUCACAGUUUUGGUUCCUCCUGAAUGGCAUUUCUCAGCCUUGUUUGGAUGUCCAUGUCCCAAUACUUUCGGGGAUUACAGGGCAGUUACUUUGUAGAAUGUCCUUUGGACUUACAUGGUAUUCUUCUGUGAUUAGAUUUAGCAUAUGCAUUUGGCAGAUGGGAAACCCCAAGAGUGGCAUUUUGGGUUGUCCCUGCUCCCCGCACCCUGUCCCACCAUCCAUGUUUCUGCUGGCUGUUGAACUUAGGCCCCAUGCCUGCUGGAUAAGCACUCUGCCACUGAGCUACAUCCCGAGUUCCUUUUCUUUCUCAUUUGCAGACAAGGUUGACUAGGCCAGCUUCAAACUUAAAAAGCUCAUAUGUCAGCCUCCUGGGCAGCUGGGAUUGGAGGCAGGUGCUGCCAAUUCCUGCUACUCUGUUUUUCUAUUGGUCCCUAGGAUACAAAGGAUUUCAGUGUCUCCCUCUGCUGGUGAUAGUAUCUUGCCUUAAGAUCACUCUUCUCUUUUUAUUAAAACAGAACAGAAACCCAUGUGACAUUAUCAUUUAGGCCUGCAAUAUUGAAGUGCUAUUGUACACUAGUAUGAAGCACUUAUGUUGUUAUGCAAUGAGCCCUAGAAUUUUAUCUAAAAACUCUGGAACUCCAUGCUCAUCACACGCACACAUCAUGGAGGGAAAAUGCUUAAAAAUUAUACACUCAAAAAGACAAAAAAAAAUUUUUUUUCUCAGGAGUGAAGCUAACUUCCCUGUAAUGUCUGUCACUCCAUCCAUGACCAAGGCUGACUCAGCUGACUUGGCUCUGUGUCCCGACUGCUAAAAUGACAUGCUUGGUAAAGAGAUGUAACCUCCCCUAAUAAACAAGGUUUUCAAGUCAAGGGUGUAAGAGUGGCUUCAGUCCCUUACUAGAACUUCCAAACAUGCUCUCAUGUAGUUAGAGUUUUGGCCAGCUGGAAGCCAUUUUAAAUUGGCUUCUGUCAUUUUGGUGUGUCCUCAUCAUCUUAAAAAGAAAAAAAAACAAAAAACAAGAAACAAAAUGUCAGGAUGAUCCUACACUUUCCCUGUUUAUAAACCUAGAAUUAACAUUUUCUCCUAAGAUCACCGACUCUUUAGAAAAAUAUUCUGGAAGGAAGCUAGGUCCUGAUUUCUGUUGUUGAUGGAAGAUGGCUUUGAACGGGCCCAGCAUUACCUGGAAAGGCAAACUUUGUUGCUCCUUCAGACCCCAGGUGGAUAACCUCUGCCCCAGGCCAGAAAUGUGAACUACCCCAAGAAACACCUCCACCCGAGUGCAGUUUAAAAAUCCCCGCACUGCCAUUUCAGAUAACCGAGCCUUAUCUGGGUGUGUGGUGUUGCAUCUGACCUUGUCCACGCCUCUGGUUUGGACAGUCACAAGGAAACUUGUUUGGAAAAGCCUGGCUCUUUAGUGGGUGCGUAAACCAGCCGGUUGCACAAAGCAACAAUCCAAAAAUCCUGCUCCCUGGCAGGAAAUUGACGUGUCCUAUGGCUGCAGUGUAAUUUAUAUGUGGCUUUGAGGACUAGUGGCUCAGGUGGCAGGAGAGGUCUGCAGGGGUCAUUGUAGGGUUUCAGUCAAGCUUGCAGAAGCACAGGGAACUGCGAAUCUCAAGGUAAACUCUCACCCUGGAUUGUCCAGGGAGGCAGAGAAGAAGGCACAGAAGGAAUAGAGUUCAGUUUUAAAAGAAGGUUUUGUUUAUUUUUUAAUAUGUGUAUUACAGGAAACAAAACACAAGAGGGCAAGAACAAAGUCACCCAGUCACAAGCAGCUCAGCUCGGUGUGUCGUUCUAGAUCUUGCAGGUGUACAUACACUUGGGUAAUGGAGAUUAUACAGUAUGUACCAUGCUUCCCCACAUUGUGAAUAUUCACCAACUAAAAACCACGUGCCACACGAGGAUUUGAUAGCCAAGAAUACACCAUGCCAUCUCAAUCUGUCAGACAAAAUUGUAAUCUUGUCUUCCUUGGCAAAAGAAACUUCAUAGAAGACAAAAACGGCAGCAGGCCUCUAGAUAGACGUACUGGCAAAGUUACAACUGAAUUCUGCAUUCGCUCAGUGCUCAGCUCACAAGGAAACACAAAGCAACAGACCACACUAAGUCUAGCAUUCCUAAGCUCAUCAUCAGAUCUAGACACUAACAUAUGCAGAAGGGGUGUUCCCCGAUCAAGAAAUGUAUUCCCAUGGAGCAGCUGGGAGAUGCACCCACAGUGGGGGGCUCUCAGAAUGUCAGUCUCCACACAGCUGCAGACCUCACCCCGAGAGCCUCUCUGCCCCUCCAGUCAUCCUAGCAACAUGAAUUUCCCCACACUGUCCAGACAUGGCUUACCAGUUCCAUGUUCAAGAGGAACCC